CCUUAUUCCUUAUGGAAGCAUCAGGUCGUUUCAGCAUCACCCCUUCUAGGGUGUUGAUGACGUCUUUGUUCAGCUUUACCGUUUAGUCUGCACGCUCGCGGGGGCAGUUAAGGAAGUGUCGUGUGGAAGAGCCGUUCGCGUGGAAAACCAGGGUGAAAAUGCUUCACGUGAUGCAUUUCAUCCUUCUACUGGGUCUGGCCCUUUGAAGCCCAAGAGAGAAUGUCGUAAGACGGUCUGGGUGAAGAUGCCAGUUUAGACACGGUAUUAAGCGACUUGCUUGGCGGCUUCAGCACCGGCUCUCUCUCCCUCUCUAGUGUCCCUGUGAGAGCCUCGGUGAAGACUUGGUCCCCCCCCACCCGAGACAGCCCCCUCCGGGAAACCCUUCACCCAAAGGGACCCGCCGAGCCAGAUGAUGCCUGUCGACCUGGGGCAGGCCCUGGCCCUGCUGCCGCAGCUGGCGAAGGCCGAGGACUCCCCGUUCCGCGGACCGGACGCUGCCCCUCGAGGGGAGCUCUCUAACCCCGAGACCGCCCGCCAGCUCUUCAGGCAGUUUCGUUACCAGGUGACGUCCGGGCCCCACGAGACCCUGAGACAGCUUCGGAAGCUCUGUUUCCAGUGGCUGCAGCCAGAGGUUCACACGAAGGAGCAGAUCCUGGAGAUCCUCAUGCUGGAGCAGUUCCUGACCAUCCUGCCCGGGGAGAUCCAGACGUGGGUGCGGACCCAGUGUCCGGGCAGCGGCGAGGAGGCGGUGACCCUCGUGGAGAGCUUGAAGGGAGACCCCCAGAGACUGUGGCGGUGGAUCAGCAUCCAAGUUCUGGGACAAGAAAUCCUAUCGGAGAAGACGGACCCCGCAAGCUGCCGCGUGGGGGGAGCGGGGCGCCAUCUUGAAAUGGCGUCUCAGGAGCUGGGACCUCGGGCCUCCCCCUCCAGGCCUGGGGAGCCGCCGAGCCGUGCUGUGAAAGAGGAGUCUGACAUGGAGCAGGAAUUAGCGCUGGCCGCUGCCGCCCUGGACGAAAGGCUCGUCGGAGACCAGGACUUCACGGCCUCCGUGCUCCAAGCAGCACCUCAGGAGCCGUGGAGGCACCUGGAGUCCGUCCAGAAGGAGCAGUACUGGGAUCUCAUGCUGGAGACCUAUGGGAAGAUGGUCUCCGGAGGCAUUUCCAGUUCCAAGCCUGAUCCGACUGGUCCAACGGAGUAUGGGGAAGAGCCUGCCGGGCGGCACCCUCACCUUAGUGAGAAGAUCCCGAGGCCCGCCUGCCUAGGAGACAGGCAAGAGAAUGACAAAGAGAACCUGAAUUUGGAAAAUUGCAGGGGCCAGGAGCCUUCCGACGUCUCCUGCCACGCCUCAGGGGAGGUGCCUGCCCAGGCCUCCUUGAGCGGCCUCUUCGGUGAGGAUGCACCGAGAUGCUUUGGAGAAGUGGACAGUCGCCCCGAGGCCCCGGGAGACCUGCAGGGUGAGGGGCCGGUGGGCCAGCUCUCUCCUCAAGAGAGGAAUUCUGGGAAACAGCAUGUGGCCAGUCCCCGUCCAGAAGAACUGUCCCUGCUGUGGCUGGAGGAGAAGAGAGAUGCCUCCCCGAAGGGGCAGCCGAGGGCCCCCAUGGCCCAAAAACUCCCCACCUGCAGGGAGUGUGGGAAAAGCUUUUACAGGAAUUCUCAGCUUGUUUUUCACCAGAGAACUCACACUGGAGAGACAUACUUCCAGUGCCCCACCUGCAAAAAAGCCUUUCUGCGGAGUUCAGACUUUGUGAAGCACCAGAGAAUCCACACGGGGGAGAAGCCCUGUAAAUGUGGCCACUGUGGCAAAGGCUUCAGCGACUUCUCGGGACUGCGUCACCACGAGAAGAUCCACACGGGAGAGAAGCCCUACAAAUGUCCCAUCUGCGAGAAGAGUUUUAUUCAGAGGUCAAACUUUAACAGGCAUCAGAGAGUGCACACAGGAGAGAAACCGUACAAGUGUCCCCGCUGCGGGAAGAGUUUCAGCUGGAGCUCGAGCCUCGAUAAACAUCAAAGAUCCCACUUAGGAAAGAAGCCCUUUCAGUAGCCAAGCUCCCUGAGCCCAUUUCUAUCUCUGGGCCAUUUAAAAAUACUUCCUUCCAUCUGGAGACAUCGCAUCACUUAAAGGCCAGCCCUGUUCUCUCUGUUAUUUUAUGGAUUCGAGAGGAGAGUCACCAGGGCACGGCUUUGGACUGGGAGGACACGUUGGCCUCUGGGUUGGAUUUCGUGUGGGUUUCAUUUCUUGCCUCUGCGUCGGGAGAAAGAGUGGUCUUUCUCCGUCAGCUCGUCUCUUGCGGUGGAUCCCUUGGGGAAGAAGGUUCACUUGGAGAUCCUGUUCUACAAGUGCCGUCUGGGGAGAGCUCAACUGGAUUGGCUGCAUGGCGGCUCCUGGCGGCUCCUGGGAAGGGCCUGGGAUCAGCGGUUUAGGAGGGGGGUUCGGGAGCAGGCCUUCUGUCACAGGAAGGGCAGCAGAGAGGGCCAGUGAGCUCACGUGUGUUCCUUGCCACACGGGUGCAAAAUUAACCUCAAGUGUCUCUCGUUCUAAAUAAACUUCUUAGAGUUCCCCCGUA